AUGUUUAAAAGUGAAUUAAAGUUUUAUAGUAAUGAAUAUGGAGAAAGUAGCAAGCUCCUCUUCCUCAAACAAAUCAGUCAAGGUCUCAAAGAUAUCCAUCGUAAAAACUUAGUUCAUCGGGAUUUCCAUAGUGGGAAUAUUAUUGUUGGCGGUAGUAGUUGUCAUAUCAUCGACCUUGGCUUAGCUAAACCAGCCAAUGAAACUGAUGAUAGUAAAGUUUUUGGAGUAAUUCCUUAUGUAGCUCCUGAGGUCUUACAAAACAAACCUUACAACCCAGCCUCCGAUAUUUACUCUUUGGGCAUAAUUAUGUAUGAACUAAUUACUUGCUUACCUCCUUAUGUUGAACAGGCUCAUGAUGUUGAUUUAGUCUUAAAGAUUUGUCAAGGAGAGAGACCUAGUUUUAGUAAUCCUAAAACUACUCAGCAAGAGCCAAAUAAUAGACCAACAGCUAAGGAAGUAAGUAGGAUAGUAGGAGAGUGGUUUAAUGAGUAUGGUAAUUUAAAAACAGACACUGAAUUCUACCACCAAUAUCAAGCAGCUGAAGAAUUCAAUAAAACUAUACCAGAAGAAAUCAAAUAUCCUACUUAUCAAUCCCAAGAACAAUUAGCAAAGUUAAAACUUGUAGAACCACAACACGGAACUAAGGAUUUAGAAUUAGAUAUUAAUAACUUCAAUUUAGAUGAACUAACUAUCCAAGAAGACCCCCAAGAACAAUCCUCCACCCAAGCCCAAAUAGAAAUCCCCCUAAACAAAACUAGUGUAAGUAUUGAUAACGCUAAAAACUUGUUUGAAUUACGAAAUGCUGUGGCAAAAUUAGAAGCCACUAAUCCACCACCAGCAACUCCAGCUGAUGCAGAAUUACAAAAAAAAGGAGAAAUCCCCUUCAUGGCUCAACCAGAAGUUAAGGAUUAUAAGCGAGAAGUUAAAGAAUUGAGUUUUGUCCCUGAUUAUAAUAAGGGGGAGAUACGUGUUGAAUACGUUUAUGGUGAACCUAAAAAACAAGCUGUUAACUAUACUAUUCAAGCUGAUAAAGGAGAAAGAUUACAGAGUAUUGACCCAGACAAUAUUCAAAGACCUGAUGGCACUGAAUACUACCCAAUGUGCCCCAACAUCACUUCCUACUUGGCUGAUGUAGAAACAUUGAUUAAGGAUUUAGAAUUUGAAAUUACUGAACAAGUUUUAAACGACAACAACAUUGAGAGGUUAAGAGAAGAAUAUAAUAGAUUUGACUACCCAGAAACUAAAGAAUGGAUAAAUAAAGGCUUAACCAUCAAUGGUUUUGGUUUGGCUGAACAGUUACAAAAAAAUGGACUAACUGCUCGCGAACUAAUAGCAUUUAUGGAAAAUAUUGAUUAUGAUUAUAAUACUAAGGAACAGCCAUUUGUGGGUUCUCUGAAACUUGAAGAAUUUACUAAUUUAGUCAAAUUAGUUUGCUCGCGACACAAAUUAACUAACCUGGAUUUGAGCAAGUGUCCCAACCUUGUUAAACUUGAUUGUGAAAAAAAUCAAUUGACCGAAUUAGAUCUAAGUAAUUGCCAGCAACUAGAAAGUCUUAAUUGCGAAAGUAAUGAAUUAAUUGAAUUAAUAUUGCCGAACUCAUCAACGUUAAAAAUAAUUGUUUGUUCAGACAAUAAAUUAACUAAUUUGGACCUUACUCAAAAUAAAGAAAUAGAAAUACUUGAUAUUAAAAGCAAUAAUUUUUCAACCCGUGACUUGUCCUUUUGA